UUUUUGCUUCAAAGCAGCAGAGUUCAGAAGCAGGAGUGGUUUUGCAAUGCUGUGUUCCAAUUCAUUCCAGCUCACCUGGGGACAUCAGGGUGGUCACAGCCUGGGAUGGGCGUGGGGACAGCAAUGGAUCUGAUGGGAUAUUGGCUGCAGGUGGAGCUGGGGGAGCAGGUGUGGGUACUUAGGGCCAUUGUGGGAACCCACUUGUGUGUGGGGAUGAGGUGGGGCUGCUGCAGGAUUUAAGUCCUGCUAAGACUCUAGGAUGGGAUAUUGGCUAGUGUGAGGCUGAGGGCUUUGCUGUCUGGGGAGCUCACUCGUGACUCUGGUGGCUCAGCAGUGACCCAGCAGGACUGGAAGGACUGGAAGCCUGUGCGGGUGGCCUGGAACACAACGGGACCAGGUGGUGACAGAUCCCAAGGAGCAGGCAGAGGGGUGCCCUUGCCUCGCCCCCCACACCAACACUGCAUCCAGCAUCCAUCCUGACCGUGCUAGCACCUUGACAGGGGCCAGUGGCAUCGUGAUGUCUCAGGCAGAAGCAGGUGAGGAGGAUUUUGAAUGCUGUGAUGUUGUCAUUAACAGCCAGGAUAAGGUUUCAGAUGUGUACACACAGCUGGAGAAGCUUGGAGAGGGCAAGUUUGGGACAGUGUACCAGCUGCAGGAGAAAGCCACAGGCAAGAUCCGGGCUGGGAAGUUCUUCCGGACACGGACAGCCAAGGAGAAGCAGGCGGCUCGGGCUGAGGUUGAGCUGAUGAACCUCCUGCAUCACCCGCGCCUCGUGCAGUGCCUUGCUGCCUUCCAGGGUCCCACGGAACUGGUGAUGGUCAUGGAGUAUGUGGCUGGUGGGGAACUCUUUGAGCGGAUUGUGGAUGAUGACUUUGAGCACACAGAGCCCAGCAGCACCCAAUACAUGCGGCAGAUCCUGGAGGGGCUGCAGUACAUGCAUGGCCAGGCUGUCGUCCACCUCGACCUCAAACCCGAGAACAUUGUCUGCGUCAGCCCAUCCAGCCACUGGCUCAAGAUCAUUGACUUUGGCCUGGCACGGAAGUUGGCUCCGGACACCCCUGUGAAGGUGCUGCAUGGAACUCCUGAGUUCAUGGCUCCAGAAGUGGUCUCCUUUGAGCCUGUGGGGCUUGCCACAGACAUGUGGAGCGUCGGUGUCAUCUGUUAUAUCCUGCUGAGUGGGGAGUCCCCCUUCCAGGGAGAGAAUGACAUGGAGACACUAAGCAACAUCACAGCUGCCCGGUGGGAAUUUGAGGAGGAGAUCUUCUCAGACAUCUCCCAGCAGGCCAAGGACUUCAUCAGCCAGCUGCUGCAGAAGGAUCCUCGCUGCCGGCUCUCCAGCCCAGGGGCUCUCCAGCACCCCUGGCUACAGCAGCCCCUGCCCAGGAGCAUGAAGGCACUGCCAAAGGAGCGGAUCAAGCAGUUCCUGACCCGUCGGAAGUGGCAGAAAACAGGCAAAGCCCUACUGGCUAUCAACAGGCUCACGUUGCUGUCCCAGAACCCAGACAGGAGAGCAUCAGAGACUCAGGAUGAGGAAGACUCAUGCUGCACUGCGGAGGAGGACCAAGGCUGUGGAUCUCUGCCCCAAGGAGAUCCCAGCACCUCAGAGCCAGCAACAGGUGAAGAAGACAAUGGCACUAUGGAGGCUGCAGGCAAGGCCUAGCACAGUGCUGCUGUGCUGCCCCAGGCCACAGAGAGCUGGUGAAGGGAAGAAAAGUCACCAGGGCAAAGCCUUCUCCAGGCCUGCAGUUUGUACCAUGACCUUGCCAGCCAGUGGUAGAUGUCCCUGUGCUGGUGUGGGGACAGGCAUCUUUUGUCCCAACAAGGAACUGGUGCUCCUGUCUGCAUGGCUGCCUGAACUGGGGCUGCAGCCUGGCUCUUCUUGCUGUGUAUUUUGUGAGCCCAAUAAAGCACUGAGCAUCACUUGC